AUUCCGUAUAAAAGUAGACAAAGGGAAUAAACAUAAAUGAAAGGUAUAAAAGUUUGCAAGAAGUUGUAGUUUAGGUACACCAAAGUUUGAGAAGUUGCAAACAAGAUACCGAAACAGGUAACCUCUUCUAAUGACUUAGUGCAACCGGAAAAUUACAGGAAAAAGUUAGUAAAAAAAAAAAAAGAAAAAAGAAAAUGCAAUUGACUGACACCAAUUAAUAGGUACUGAAUUACGAGUAAUAUUUAGUAUUUACAGGUCCUUCAGAAAAAAAAAAAAAAAAUAUUUACAGGUAAUUUCAUCCAAAACCCAACCAAAAAAAAAAAAAAAAAGAAAACCUCAAACCAAAAAAAUAUCAGCAGCAAUUCUUAAAAUCUUUUGCGGGAAAUUGUUCAAUAAAAUUUGCUUUAUCCAAUCGAAAGGUACUAAUCUUGCAAUUACAUAGAGAUAAAAGAAGGAGGCAAAAGAAUUCCCAAGCAAACUGAUGUCUUCAAAAAUCAGGGCCCUUCCUUGCUCCACUUUCACUACAUCAGGCUUAAUUUUAAAAGCAAUCUUAGUCUUUGGGAGAAGAAAUUCGGAAAGGGUAUGAGCAAAUUGAUGGUGGGUCAAUUAAUUUUAUGAUGAUGAGAUGAUGUAAUCUGGAAAUUUGUUGUUCUUCGCUUCAUCGUCUAAUUUGUUCCGAGUUUCCAGAUCUGUAAUCUCCAACAAGUUCAGUUCAUCAAUUUUCACCCAAGUGGUUUAAUGGAAGCUGCUGAUGAUUUCUACUCACAAGUCACCUUCAGUAAACAAGUGGAGCUCAUUAUAUUUGUUUGGUAGUUGUGAAGUACAUACUUGUUCAUUUAACACUACUCAUUUACUCCUUAAACAAAUUACAGCAUCCUUCUAAAUCCUCCCAUCUCUUCAUUCUCAUCUCUUUUAAUUCCCCAAUGGCCGAAAUCGGAAUCAUCCUUGCUGAAAAGCUCAUUGAAGUUAUUGGAUCUGAGAUCAUCAAAGAGAUUUGUGACAUGUGGGGCUACAAAUCUCAACUCGACGAGCUCAACAACACCGUCUCCACCAUCAAAAACGUGCUCCUUGAUGCCGACUCCAAGCGUGAGCUUUCCCAAGAAGCACGCGGCUACAUUGCUAAACUCAAGGAUGUUGUUUACGAUGCUGAUGAUCUGUUCGAUGAGUUCUUCACCCUUGCUGAGCUCAAGCUGCUUGAUGGCAACAAGGAUCAUAAAUUCCUUAAAAAGGUAAACCACUUUUUUUCUGGUAAGAAAAAGGAGGUGAGUCAAGCUUAUAGAAUGUCUCGUCAGGUUAAGGACAUUAAGGAGCAGUUGAAUAAUAUUGUUAGUAAUCAUCACAAAUUUGGGCUUAGUGUUGACUAUAAACCCAUUUGUAGGAGGAGGAAGGAAACUUGUUCCUACGUGGAUGCUGGGGAUAUUAUUGGGAGGGAGGAUGAUAAAAAGGUUGUCAUUGAUAUGUUGUUAAGUCCGAGCAAUGUUCAUGAAAGUUUUCGCUUUGUGACUAUUGUGGGAGUUGGAGGUUUGGGUAAAACUACUCUUGCUCAGCUUGUGUAUAACGAUGAAAGGGUUGUAGCAGAGUUUCCAGAUUCAAAGUUAAGGUUGUGGGUUUGUGUGUCUGAUCAAAAUGGGGAGCAAUUUGAUGUCAAGGUCAUUCUCUGUAAAAUCCUAGAAUUAGUUUCUGGUAAAAGGCCUGAUGAUACCUCCUCAAUGGAAUUGGUGCAAAAGCAAUUUCAAGAGCAGCUAAGAGGAAAGAAGUACUUGCUUGUUCUUGAUGACGUAUGGAAUGAAGAUUGUGAGAAAUGGCGUAGCCUCCGAACGUUCUUAAUGUUGGGUCAAGAGGGUAGUCGGAUUGUGGUAACAACACGCUCAGAGAUCACUGCAAAAAUUAUCGGGGAAAAGCAUGGGCACAAAUUGCAAGGUUUGUCUCUAAAGAAUUCAUGGCUCUUGUUCGAGUCUGUAGCAUUUGACAAAGGGGAACAAGACCAAAUAAAUGAUCCUGAUUUAGUUGAUAUUGGGAAGAAGAUUGUUGGAAAAUGCUAUGGCAUACCGCUUGCCAUAAAGGUGGUAGGUAGUCUUUUAUUUGGCCAACCUGUAAAUAAGUGGCAGACAUAUGAGCACAGCGGAUUUGCUGGAAUUGAAAAAGGUGACAAUGAAAUUAUGUCUAUACUAAAGCUUAGUUACCACAACCUUAGACCCUCUUUAAAGAGUUGUUUUAGCUAUUGUGCACUCUUUCCCAAAGAUUAUAGACUCGAAAGGAAGGAGUUGAUUGGCCUUUGGAUGGCACAAGGAUACAUUGUGUCGCUAGACAAAGAUCAAAGCAUAGAAGAUGCGGCGGAGGAGCAUUUCUUGAUACUGGUACGCAGAUGUUUCUUUCAGGAUGUAGAAAAGGAUAAAUAUGGUGAUAUUGGGUCCGUGAAAAUCCAUGACUUGAUGCACGAUGUUGCUAUGGAUGUGGGGAGGGAGGAAACUGGUGUAUUGAGUUCUAAUACAACCAAAUUGGGAGAUAAAGUUCGUCAUGUAUAUUAUGCUGGUGAUUGUCCAAAUAAAUUUUACUUUAAGAGUAAGAUUCGUUCUUUUGUUUCAAGAUACGAUCAUUCAUACAAUCAUUCAAUAACUCUUGCGGAUACACAGAUUGAUAGUUUGAUGUGUUUAAGGGUGUUGUGCUUGCAGAGAGUAUCAGAUAUAAAAAGGUUGUGUGAUUCAAUUGGUAAGCUACUGCAUUUAAGGUAUCUUGAUCUGUCUUGGAAUUAUCGUUUAGAGUCACUCUCUGAUUCUAUUAUUGGACUACAGAAUCUGCAAACAUUAAAUUUACAUAGUUGCAAACAGUUGAGGGAAUUGCCAAAAGAUUUUAGCAAAUUGGUAAAACUUAGGCAUUUAAAUUUAAGUAGUUGUGAGAAAUUAACUGAUAUGCCUUGCAUGGAUAGAUUGACUAAUCUCUGGCACUUGAAUUUAAGUAAGUGUUUUGAGUUGAGUAGUAUGCCUUCGGGCUUGGAUAAAUUGACAAGUCUUAGGCACUUAGAUUUAAGUAAUUGUCGUAGGUUAAGUAGUAUGCCUACAAGCAUAGGUCAAUUGACAAGUCUUAGGCACUUUGAUUUGAGGAAUUGUCGUAGGUUAAGUAGUAUGCCUACAAGCACAGGUCAGUUGACAAGUCUUAGGCACUUUGAUUUAAGUAAUUGUCAUAGGUUAAGUAGUAUACCUACAAGCAUAGGUCAGUUGACAAGUCUCAGGCACUUUGAUUUAAGUGGGUGUUUAAAGUUAACUAGUAUGCCAUCAGGCAUGGGUAAGUUGACUAAUCUUAGGGUGCUACCACUCUUUGUGGUGGGUAUGGAAAAGAGAGUUUCUACAGAUGAACUAAGUAUGGGAGAACUGAAAGACCUUAAACCCCUGACCAACCUAAAAGGUGACUUUAAGAUUAAAAUCGGUAAAUUUAACAUGAAUGAUGGUGGAGGAGAGUAUUUGAAGGGUCUGAAAUAUAUCACUGAAGUUGAAAUCUUAUUUGUUGACAAUGGUGAUGAAAAUGAUGGAUGUAUAGAGAGGGAAGGUGUGAUGGAAAAGCUAGAGCCACCUUCAAAUCUCAAGGAAUUGAACUUGUUGGGUUACAAGGGUACGAUAAUUCCAAGGUGGGGUAGAGCACAGGAUAACUGGGCACUCUCCCUCCCACAUCUUGUCAAGAUCAGCCUUUAUCGCUGUAGCAACUUGGAGCAGAUACCAUCUUUGAGUAAGCUGCGUAAUCUGAAAUCACUGUAUCUUGAUUCUCUAUAUAAGCUGAAAUAUAUGGAGGAUACAAGAAGCAACAAUGGAGAAGAUAUGACGGCAUUCUUCCCCUCCCUUGAAUCACUCGACAUUCGCUGUCUCGAUAGUUUUAAAGGAUGGUGGAGGGAGGAGGAGUUGAUUGAGGAUGACCAUAUCUUGAUGUUCCCUCAUCUCUCCAACUUGGUUAUCAUGGCAUGCCCUAAGUUAACAUCAUUUCGAAGCCUCGAAGAUUUGAGAUUGGAUGAGGUUGGAAAUUCACAAGGUGACGUCAGAUUAAGGGAGGUGGAGAUAGAUGAUGUGGGUCUUCUCAAGGCGAUACCCUCCCGUUGUUUAACUUCCCUCCACGUAACUUGCGAUGAGAAGGUGCAGAGUUUAUCAGAAAUUGGGGAUGUAUUCCGGAAAUACAAAUACACUUGUUCCCUACGAAGCCUUCGAAUUUCUUAUUGCAGUAAUUUGAGGAGAGUAGGAACAGGGGGGUUGGAGCAUCUCACUGCCUCCCUUCAGAACCUUGAAAUAAUUGGAUGUCCAGAACUAGAAAGCAGAUGCAGAUAUGGAGAGGACAGGCCCAAGAUUCAACGCAUUCCCAAUAUAUCAUUAAGGGAGUACUAGCUCUGCUUGGGAGCUUGCUGUGAUGGUUAUUUGGCAAUUAUCUACCAAGAUUGACAGUUUCAAUUGUGUACCUAGCUUGAUCAUGGGGUCCUCAACGUUCAGGUGGAAGCGUAAAUAAAAUUUUUCUUGAAGCAUGAAGUUGAUAUCAAACUUACAUUAUCAUAAUUAAAAGGUACUUGAUAAUGUGCUUCGGAUGGUACUCAUAUGGAAGCUGCUAAGAGCAUCGCUUGAACAUUGGAUGAACAUGAUGAUGAGUUAACCAAUUCUCAAGUCCCUCUGACUAAUUGCAACUAACAGCAAGCGCCCAUUUUACCUGUGGAAUGUUGAUUUAAGUUUACAAUGUAGCUAUGGACGGUCUGCAGGAAGCUGCAUUGAAGGUUGCUGCUGUGAGAUUCAACGUGGAAAACUGCAAGACUUGGUUUGACAGAGUGAAUUGCAAAAAUAUCUUUCAAGAACGUCUUUGACUUAGUAUCAUGUAAAUACUUCAUAGUCUGCGCCUCUGCGGUGCUUGUUGAUUUCAAAUAAUGUAUUGUGAAAGAAAAAUAUACAGGUGACUCUUUUAGACAUGGUAAGCACGGCAAUGCAACAUUUAGUAUCAUUUGUAUCUCAAUUUUCACCUUAGAGUAUCACUGAAUGAAUAAUUCCGAGUUUAUAUAAAAGUGAAAUUAUUUCCUAAAAUAC